UAGUAUGUUUAUUUAUAACAUUCCAAUAUUUCCGAUAAGGUUCGUUUUGUCGAUUAAUUUACCCAAUCGAAAUAAACAUAAAUUUGGAGGUCACACGAAACAUUUUUCAGCGCACUUUGUCGCUUACGGUAGUAGUUCGGAAUUUGAGGAAUGCACGGAAUGUUGUUCACAUGCCAUCUCGCGGAGAAUUCGGAUUAGAGAAGAUUAGAAAUUUCUCGUUUGCGUAUACGAAGCCCGUCGCCUGUUUUCAUUAUCCGCUGUUGCAAUGGAGAAAAACUGUUUCGGGGUGCAUUAUUGAGCUCAAUACGACUUCUAUGAAUCUAUAACAUACAAGACUAAGGAUAAAAACAACAUAGCAUGACAACAGUUUAAUAAAACUAAAAGUGGAGUUGUUAAAAUGGGUUCUUUGGAGCAGUCAAACAGAUUCCGUACAUUUAUACAAGCAUGUCAAGGUAAUUUUCCACAAAGUUUAAGUGGAAGUGAAACAGAUGUCUCAACAUCUAAUGAAAAUCUAUCAAACGAAGAAAAAUAUGCUAUUAGACAUACACCAAGGCAAGAACCACAAGGACAAGAAAAUUUACAAGUAUCCAACAGAAGCUCCCUAAGAGAUAGUUUGCCAUCUAAUAGGAGUUCCCUAGAUGUCUCAUCUUCUUCAUAUAACACUCUAAUCAUACACAGUGCAGGAGAUGAAUCAUGGUCAGGGAGGAAUUCUGGUCCAAGGGAAACAACAAACAUGUCACCAUUAAACUAUGCAGUCCAUCAGAAUUCCAGUGUCUUUGCAGACCCAAAACUGUCACCAAGUCAAAAACGGGCUUCCGCAUCACCGUCUCCUUCCAUAACCAGCACCGGUGUGCAAGAAAUAACAGAAAUCCCCGACGACUAUUUAAGCCAAUCGUCGGUCUUGAAACAUUUAGCCAAAGAAGUCAAAGUUCCAUCGCCAAACGGCAACAACAAACAGGAGACCAUAGACGGCAUGAAGUUUGAUCCUUCCAAUUUUGACAUCAACAAUCUUCCGCCGCCUCCCGAGUAUCCAAAAUGGUCGGACAAGUCGCCCCUACUGGCGGCUGUUAAUAACAAAAACAAAAUCAACGCCGAAAAGUUGAGUCUGUCCAAGUCGCAGCCAGACUUGUCUAGUAUUGGGAUGAGAAAGCACUCCGAUUUUGCAGGUUUUCGAAGGGGUGUGUCCGCACCAAGACCACCCACCAAAGGCAGGGAAGAAAGCGACUCGAAGAGCGAAGAAGUUUGGUCUUCGGCGGACAUGGUCGAGAUUUUAAUACAGGAAAACAGCGCCCUCAAAAACGAAUUGGAAAAGUGCUAUCAGACCGUUGAGAAGACUCAAAAAUUGGAGCACGAGAUCCAGAAGGUGUACAAAACGCAGGAAGAACUUGUACAAUCCAGCGACAGAAGGGAAAGACUGGAAAGGGCGGCGCGAAGCCGACUUCAAGCGGACAACCGUAGAUAUCAGGAACAAAACAGGGCCCUUAGAGAACAAGUCGACUUACUAUCCGCCCAAAUUUUGUCCGUUCCCGAUAACAACGGACCCGAUAGUUUGCGACGAGAAAUCACCAAACGCGACGUGUUCAUCAAUCAAUUGAUAUCACAAAAUAAGGAAUUGACUGCUGCCAAAGAACGACAGGAAAUCGAAUUAGCUGCUCAAAGGGCCACGUUACAAGAACAAAGAACUCAUAUUGAUAUUCUGGACACAGCUCUCACAAAUGCCCAAGGCAACGUUGUACGACUCGAAGAAGAGUGUCGCAAAAAGCAAGUUUACGUGGAACGAGUCGCUCAACUGCAGAGAGCUCUACAAUCUCUGCAGCUCGCCAGCGAACGCAGGGAACAAACCGAGAAGAAAUUGCGACUGCAACUAGAGAGAGAGUUGCAGAGAACUAAGGCUGCUCAAGGCGAUAUCAGCAAGUCGGGCUGGGACUCCCCGAACGGCUCUGGCAGCGAAUCGGCUUCGGAGUUGAAGAAGAGGUUGCGCGAAAAGGAGGAGAACAUCAUGAGACUGGAAGGCGAGUGCUCCAAGUGGGAGCAGAGAUACUUGGAGGAGAGUGCUCUCAGACAGGCUGCUAUUGAUGCUGCUAGCAUACCAAAGGAUGCGAAGAUAGCGGCACUGGAAAAGACGAGCCAAGAGACUGAAAAAAUAAUCGCAGAAGCGAGGAACGAGAAAAUUCGUCACAUGGACGAGGUUCACGCAGCCCAGAAGAAGGUUGCUGAUCUGGAAUCCAGGGUGAAAGAUUUGGAGUCGAAAUUGGCGGAAAAAGACGCCAUGAUAAAAGUACUUCAAAAGCACACGUACGACAAAGACGUGUCCAGUAUGUUGGGCAGGUCUCCCCAUCAUACCCCUCACGCCAGUUUGGCCGGAGGAGAGUUCGAUCACUGCUUAGGCACCACCGUUUCUAGAGAAGAACUAGUAAGCAGUGUUUUGACGAAUUCGACGGCGUACGGAUCGGGCAAUUCGUACACGGGCAGCGAUUCCUCGUAUCACAUGCCGUCUUACAGCAAAUACGAGUCGAAUAAAAGUUUCGACACGGCGAAGCAGGCGAUCGGCAAUCAGCUGAAAGAAAUCGACAACCAGUUAGACUCGCAGCUCCUUAGUAAGCGGGGUCUUUGCUGUUUUCCAGGAUUCACUAAUCCAGUCACUGCGCAGAGAAAAGGAAAAAUACCCAAGCCAUUAUUGGCAGGUGUGAGCCCCUCAAGCGGUGGCCUCUAUGAAUCCGGUUCAUUUCUCCUUCCUCCUGCUAGGCACGAAUCCGGUGAGAUGCUGCUGUUGGAAAAGCAGGGACGCACCUCGCAGCAGCAACGCAUGCAGGACAGCGGCGAGCCCAACGCCCCGACACCGGACGGUUCGAUCAAUCAUUGCCCGGCGCCCAGCUCGCUACCGCGUCCGCCCCGCUCCGCGCAUCGCAGCGGACUGCCGCGACGCAUGGGCGACUACAACCGAUUGCCGGACACCGAACUGCCCAGGAAGAAGUCGGACGGCGGCGACUCGUACAGCUCGAACACCAGCAGCCGCAGGGUGUCGCCGGCGCGUUCUCUCAUCCCGCCGCCCAGGAAGUUGGGCGAGUACGGACGGCUGUCGGAGAGCGGCGGUUCGAGCGCCUCGCUGCGCAAACCGUCAGCGCGCGUGCGCAGUGGCAGCUCCGGCGGCGAGAGGGACUCGGCCUCUACGUUGAGCGAUAACUCGGCCAGCUCUCUGCCGCCCCCGUCGAAGGUGCGCAUGUACGGUAAUCCGGCGCUCAGGCGCGGCUCUUCGCUCGGUCGGGACAGCAAGUCAUCCACUGAUUCGACUGCGAGCAAAUAUCGUAUACAGUUUUAAAUGCCAAAAAUUCACUGAUGCUCUUAACUAGUGCCUUGUAGUUUUUUUUAAGUAAAUUUACGUAGACUUGUUCAGCGGUAUGCAGGUAUGAGAUUAAUUACUGCAGUUAAUUUUUUAUGCAAAAUCAUACUAAAGUCAAAUCAAAUAAAUUAUGGAAAUUAUGAGAAUGAACGAAAAUUUGUAGCUCAUUACUAUGUACGUAGUUUAAUCUAAUAUUACUAACGCGGCUCAGUCGAUGGAAUAUGUUUAAUUUAACUGUAUAUAUUGGUUUUUUAAUAUGCGAAAAUUGAAACAUUGUAAGCAAAUUUAUUUAUUCUUAAUUUCUUUUCAUUUGGAAAAAUGUUAUAAAGAUAAUUAUGUAUGAUUUGUUUAAACCCUUUUUCCCUUGUAUAAUCAACUGCCAGUACGCACUAUUUCCUUUCAACAAUGUAUACUUUCAGUUCUUUUUAGUAUUGUUUAGAAAAUUAUUUAUUUAUUGUUAACCUAUUCCAAUCUGGGUAAAUAAGAUUUGUAUGGAAAAAAGAAUUGAAAAAGUUAUUUUUAUAAAUUUAUACAAUUUCAUAAAACUUCAUACCAUUAAAACAGAUAGGGACCAAAAUUUUAAAUUACACGUGGGUUUUUUACAAUGUUUUGAGGUUGCACACAAGUGCUCUCUUUAUCAAGUGAAUCUCAUAAAAAAGUGUAUUAUUUAUUUUAUUGACACUUUUGUAUGUUGAAUAUUGUUCUAGUUGUCUCUAGUCUAUAUAAGAAUUUAUGUAAUUGUUGAGACAAUAAAUAAGUUCACCGAUUUAA